GCUAAUUGCAGCGCAGCGCCGAUGUUCGAUCAUUAAAAUGCACAUUUUACUUUCACUUUACGCACUUUUUCACGCACGGAACGUGCACUCGGAGCAUCUUGGCGGACGCGGCCAGCGUGCGUGUGCGCGCGCGGAACAAGAACGUCUCCAAUGGGGCAACUAUUAUUAUUGAUAUUGCGGAUUAUUGCAGCCACUUGCGCCGCGCCGCAGAACAUUCUGGAAGCGCUGUGGGGAACGAUGCUUUAAGUCCGGAGGAAAAGUCCCAUCUUUUUUUUUUUUUUUAAUAAGAUGUUUUUUUACGCAGCGUUGAUUCGUUGAAUUACGGCAAAAGAGAAUUGCGUCACUUGUCGAUGUAGAUCCAAAAAAAAAAAGGCGCAGAGUGUUUGCGGGUCAUCAGGCUUACAUAAGCAGCCGGCGUCAUGUACGCAGGACGCAAGAGGAGAAAACCCGUCCAGAGAGCGGUGAAACAGACGCCGACGGAGGGCGCCAAGUCCAACCCGUCUAAGCGGCACCGGGACCGGCUCAACGGGGAGCUGGAAAGGUUGGCCAGCCUCCUGCCGUUUCCGGAAGAAGUGACGGCCAGCCUGGACAAACUGUCCAUCCUGCGCCUGAGCGUCAGCUACCUGCGAGCCAAGAACUUCUUCUCUGUGGCGCUCAACCACCGAGUGACUCCAGUGGCGUUGAAUAAUGGCGACGACAACACAUCAGCAGCGGCGGAGGCCAAGAUACCUGAGGGAGAGCUUUUACUGCAGGCUCUCAACGGGUUUGUCCUGGUGAUCACCGCCGGCGGUACCAUCUUCUACUCUUCCCACACCAUCCAGGACUACUUGGGCUUCCACCAGACCGACGUCAUGCACCAGAGUGUGUACGAGCUCGUCCAUACAGAAGACCAGCAGGAGCUCCGAAGAAACUUGCACUGGGCGCUGAAUCCGCCGCCUGCGGCGACAUCCACUGUCAGCCAGGACUCACCCCAAGAGAUAGAACCGGACAGCAGCUCGUCUGUGGUCACCUACAAGCCUGAACAGCUUCCUCCAGAGAACUCGUCCUUCCUAGAGAGGAGCUUUGUGUGCCGCUUUCGCUGUCUCCUGGACAACUCGUCUGGCUUUCUGGCUCUGAACUUCCAAGGCAGGCUAAAGUUUCUACACGGGCAAAACCAGCGCCAAGAAAACGGAGGAAAGGCACCGCCGCAGCUUGCCCUAUUCGCCAUUGCGACUCCUCUUCAGCCUCCAUCCAUCCUGGAGAUCAGGACCAAGAACAUGAUCUUCCGAACCAAGCACAAAUUGGACUUCACGCCAUUGGCCUGUGAUGCCAAGGGUAAAAUCGUCCUGGGCUACACAGAGGCUGAACUGCGGGUACGAGGAUCCGGUUAUCAGUUCAUUCAUGCCGCAGAUAUGUUGUACUGUGCAGAGAAUCACGUCAGAAUGAUGAAGACUGGGGAGAGUGGACUAACCGUGUUCAGGCUGCUCACCAAGGAGAAUCUCUGGAAAUGGGUGCAGGCUAACGCUCGACUGGUUUACAAAAACGGCAAACCAGACUACAUCAUCGCCACCCAGAGGCCCCUUUUGGAUGAAGAGGGAGGAGAACACUUGCGUAAACGCUCCAUGCAUUUACCCUUUACGUACGCUACAGGCGAGGCCUUGCUCUACCAGUCCAACCACCCCAUCGCGGGCUUCAGAGAUGGCGUUUCUGAGAAGAACGGUAGUAAGUCAAAGAAAAGUCGGACUGAAAGGCUGUUGAGGGACGGUCUGGAUCCAAGCUCGCUCCUGGGGGCCCUCAUGAGUCAGGAUGAGUCGGUGUACGUUUGCCAGGCUGCCCUGGAGCCCAAAAUGUCCUUUCAUAACAGCUUCUUUGGAGACCAAAUGGGCUUCUCUGAGUCCAAAUCCUCAAGCUUGCACAGAACCUGGGACACUCCGAGCAAUGGUGACGUGGAUCCAACUAUCACAGAACCAAGCACUAGCUUUGACCCGCUGCUCGCUACCCUUGACUCCCUCUCCCUGGAAGGCCAAGGGGUCAUGGAUGCAGAGGAUGCCGGCUGUUCAAAUGGAGAGUUGUUUGGAGCUCUUGAGGGUCUGGGGCUGAGCGCAGAGGAUUUGGAGCUUCUCCUGUUGGAUGAGCGGAUGAUCCGAGUCGAGAUCGACUCGGAGCGUGUGCCCACCUUGGACGACCUGCUAACAAAUGAGGAAAUUCUUUCAUACAUCUACGACUCCAUUGAAGGAAAGACUGAUUCUUCGGACCAGGUAGGACAGGCGCCUCCCUGUAAUCCCUCAGUGAGUGCAACAACAAUGUCAGUACCCGAAAGCACUCUCACCUCUGAAGCAAAAGUGAAAAUGCAGUUUCCUUUCCAGAAGCCUCCUCUGAUGGGGAAGGCUCCCAUAGUCCAGUUGUCCCAGCAAAUGCAAAAACACCUCAGCAUGUGCCCAGGUAAAGGGGUCAAUGACUGGGUACAACAGAGCGACCACAUGGCCAACACGAUGGUCAACGGAGAUGUGCUGGGGCACGCUGAACCUACUCCCAAUGGACAAUGGCUAGCUCAGGACAUUCUCUUGAAUGCAGGGAUACAAAUGGAACACAUGAACUCUCAGCAGACUGUUUUCAAUGGCAAGACCUCGGAGCGGGACGGGGAGCUGCAUCAGGGCUACCUUCAGCAGCCCCUGAUGCAGAACCGGCUUUCGCAGCAGUGCCAUGCCAAACAGAAGGCAGCCAACCUCAACGGACUCUGCAGCAUUUCCAAUACGGAGCAGUCAGUGGUAAAAUCUCAGUGGCAGGACUUUGGCUUCGGCGAGGAUCUGGGUCCCUGCCUUGACAACAGCCAAAAACUGCUCACAGACACGUCGUUAGAUUCCCGCAUGGAUUACGCCAUGCCCGACCUUGACAAUUCGGAUUACCCUAUCAACGGCGGCGGUUUGUUUGGGAGCAGCUCGCUUCAGCACCGGGCCGAGUCGGCGGUUUCGUCUCUCCAGGGGAUUACCCACAAGCGGCAGCAGGAGCCCAUACCGGUUCCUCUGGCUCAGGUCAUCUCCAGCCUGUCCCAGUGUGCGCCCCCCAACGCCUCGCUGGAGCAAAUCCUGGCAGUGGGCAAACCCUGUCGGCAGCUGGACCAUUACGGUAUGGCGACUUCAGACAUGCCUCCUGAUGCCAAGAUGGAGAACGGCUGCAUCCCGACGACCGCUACUUACCCGGCCGUGCCCAACGGGAACGGCACGGCGCCCCCCGCCACCCAGAUGCCCCGCCCCGACACGCUGUCGGGCAUUCCCGACCCGCCCGCCACCGGCUUCUACCUCUGAGCAGCCGGCCUGCAGGCGGCUCAGAGACACACGACGAGCGGAGCAGCCUUAUUACGUGCAGAUAAGACGACAAACACGCCGAAUUACACACGCAGCCCUCUUUUUUAUCUUUCUUUUUGUGUCGUGAGUGGUGUUAUCAUAAGAGUCCUUUGUUUACUUCCAAUGCAGUCAAGACGCUCACCAUGUCCAGGAGGACAUGCGAGUCCGACCUUUGAGUUACGGUGACCACAAAUUCAGGGUUUUCUUCCAUGUAGUGAUGGAGUGGCAGACCGACCCAUGUGUUUGUCUGCACUUCAUGAAUGUACAGACACUCGAGCGGAAUGAGGAAUUUGAGCACUAAAUGCAACUUUGACGUGACUCGCGUCAAACAUGUCCACCGGUCACUUCAUUAGGUACCCCCGCACAGUCGAAGAACUCCAUCCGAUACGAACGUAACAACGCUCACUUUUGAUGUUUUGCAUCACUCUCGCUAACGUUCGAGUUUUUGUUCCACCGUAAUAUUAGUUAAGUGUAAGAGGUCCUUCCUUGGUCUACACCAGUGCUUCUCAAUUGUUUUUUUCACGCCCCCCCACUAAAUUUAAAUAUGAUUGAGAAUCUGAUAAUAUGUAUUUAUUUAUUUAUUUAUUCCUACACAACACUCUUUGAGCUGCUGGCAUUAGCACCUACAUGCCACCUUGCUGAAGACUUGUGUAUUGUUUUCUCACGCCCCCCCUAAAUUGAAAUACGAUUAAGAACUUGAUAAUAUUUUUCCAUUUAUUUAUUCCUACAAAGCGCUCUGAGUUGCUGGCACUAGCACCUACAUGACACCUUGCUGAAGACU